AUGGAUCCAGUAGCCAAAAUCACUGGCACAAGCGCAGCAGCUGGGACUGCUGUCGCGAUCGGCAUCCCAUUUGUCGCCCCGCUCCUCCCAUAUCUAGUCUACAACGUCUACCAACUUCUCAUCAACCGAACAUUAACGAAGCAUCUUCUUCGGGCCAUAAAGAUCACACAAUUCUUCUCUCGUAUCGCCCCAUAUAUCAAUUCCAUCCUUGAUCCGGCUAGCACUGCUACUCUUUCUUCUGUCUUACAUGCGUACCUCGUCGACGCCUAUACUCGUUGGAUGUCCCACUCUUGGCUAUGGUUAUUAGGCCGAGCAUGCAAAGAAGUCGCGAAGUGGGGAGGGAUACCACAAGAGCUCUUCGAUGUUGCCGAGGAGUGUAUGUGGGGUGGAUGGUGCCUGGGCGUUCAGACAUUGAACCAUACGCCACAUGCGACAAGGACAAUGAUUGAUUAUGGUCUGCUGGCCAAGGUACAGGCAGUUACCUGGGCUAGCGCCGAAGCCACGGCUACGAUUUUGAAUGAAGCCUUUGGAAGGAACUCAACAGUUAUGGCUUAUGGCGGGAUUAUGGGAAGACUGGUGGACGAGACCCAAUAG